AUGGAUAUGCAGUUCCCCGUCUUACCUGAGGAUGAGUUCGUCCUAUACGCUACUGUUUGUGCCGUGCCAAAUGGUGGUGAUGACGUUGAACGUCAUCUUCGUGGCCUUCUCAAAUUGACACUCCGCGAGCCGGGAACUCUAGAUUAUGUUAUCUCGCGCGACGAUAUCAAUCCGGAUACUUUCCAUGUCUACGAGAAAUACACCGGCCGUGAAGCCUUUGAGAAGCAUAUUGCAAGCCAAGAAUUCAAGGACUUUGCGGCCUCCGGGCUCCUUGCCAAGCCACCUGCACCAAAGGCGCUGAAGCCUCUUCGGCCGCUAUAG